GAUUUCCUAACCCGCUUCGCUUUUGGUUUGCCUCAUUUGGCGUCGUUUCUGAGCGGGGCGAUGGCGCUGUCUCUGUGGCUUCUCCUGGGCCCGGCCUGCCUCUCUCUCGUCCUCCUCGGUGACCCCGUACUUGCCCUGCCCAAGGGAACCGCCGCGCCAGAGAUGCCUCCAGGGGCCUCCUCACACUCCCUGCGUUACUUCUACACAUCACUGACGGAGUCCAGCCCGGGGCUGCCACAUUUCAUCGCUGUGGGCUACGUGGACGACCAGCUCUUCAUUCAAUAUGAUGCCCACACUAGGAAGGCUGUACGUCGAGUCCCUUGGAUGGAGAAGGCGGGGGAGGCAGAUCCUCAGUACUGGGUCUGGAACACUCAGAGAUUGCAGAACGCAGAAGCUCUAUUCAGAGUGAAUUUGGCAACUCUGCGGGAGCGUUACAACCAGACUGGAGGAUUUCACACCUGGCAGUGGAUGUACGGCUGUGAGCUGCGGAGAGAUGGGAGCAAAGCAGGGCACAUGCAAUACGCUUAUGACGGGAGGGACUUCAUCAGCCUGGAUAAGGAGACCCUCACCUGGACGGCAGCCGAUGUCCCAGCUCAGGUCACCAAGAGGAGUUGGGAGAAGGAGACAAAUGAAGCCCAAUUCCAGAAGGGCUACCUGGAGGAGACCUGUAUUGAGUGGCUGCAGAAAUACCUGGACUAUGGGAAGGAGACACUGUUGAGGACAGAGCGCCCUGUGGGGAAGGUGAGCCGCAUGGCAGCCAAUGAUGGCCAGGAGGCCCUUAUCUGCCAGGCCCACGGUUUUUACCCCAGAGAGAUCGAUGCCACCUGGACAAAGGGGGAGGAGAACAUGGACCAUGAGACCUUCCGUAGGAACAUUGCUCACAACUCCGAUGGGACCUACCACACCUGGCUCAGCAUCGAGAUUGAUCCCAAGGAGAGGGACCUCUACCGGUGCCAUCUGGAGCAUGCCAGCCUGCCAAAGCCUAUGGUCCUGGCCUACGAAGAGUCUGGUGUCAACAUGGGAGUUAUUGUGGGAGCCAUCUUAGGAGUCCUAGCAAUUUUGGUGAUAGCUGCUGUGAUCUACUUCAUCCGCAACAAAAAGCAAGAGAAGGUAUAUGAAGCAAAACCAAAGCUUUUCCUAGACUGGCCUGAUGGGGAAGUGAAGACUGACUUGGCGGGGAAUGGAGUAGAAAAGAAGGGACCUGUGGAGCCUGAGACCUUAUUGACCAGUGAGGUGGCACCAGAAGAUGCCUGAUGAAAUUUUGCUGCAAAUUUCAUAUGUAAAGAACUUCUGCUAUAGCCGCUGACUGGUGUGCUGUCUUACCCAGACUCUGGUCCUGCCAUACCAAUUCCAACUAAUAGACUGCCUUAGAUUUGAAGUGAAAUUUAAUUUCUGAUGGGUUCAGGCCCAAUUCUUUUGAAUUAAUAAUGUGUAUAGCCACCCCGAGUCCCGUUUGGGGAGAUGGAGGUGGGGUAUAAAUAAACUUCAACAACUUCUUCUUCUUCUUCUUCUUCUUAUUAUUAUUAUUAUUAUUAUUCGCUUUGCUCAGAAAUGUGCCAAACAUCUGCAACAAAACACGCAGUUUUAAGAUUACAAGGCUCCAACAGCACACUAUUCAGAAUGAUACUUUGAUUUCCAUCCAAAUUAUUUCAUGAUAAUAAAUAUAGAAAAUAUCUUGCUGUGCUUUAUAAGCCCACCAUAAAUUGAAUCAGCAGUAAAUAUGUGAAGUUAUUCAGCUGUAUAUAACAUCUAUCAUGAAAAUAAUAAAUAAUAUCCUAUAAUGUGUUAUUAAAAUGUAGAGUGCUCAGAUCAUACAGUUACUGGAGAGCAAUAGUAAAGGCCCAAAAUAUGGUUUACAAAUUUUCUUUUGAUGCCUCAAUCAGAUUACCAUACUUAUUGGCGAGGCUCUAGUUUGUUGGACUUCCCUCCAUCAAGUUUGAAACUUUGUUAUCCCACUGCUUAAUUUGUUUUAUUGUGUAUGAACUGAAUUCAAAUAUUUUUAUAAAAAUGUUGAUCUUGGAUUUUUUUUAAAAAAUAAUGUAUCCUGCUGUUCACGAGCUGACACUUUAAUUUCAAAAACAAUGGAAAUGGCACCACAUAUCUUCACAUAUUUUAAAAUACAGACUUAAGCAAUAUUAUGUUUUAAAUUUUGUAUACUGUUUUUAUUUGAUUAUAUUUAGGUGCUUAAAUGUUUAUGCUUUAUUUUAUUACUGUGCUUUAUAUUAUCAGCAUUGAAUUUUGCCAGUUUUGAAAGGUGAGAAAGGUGGGGUAGAAACGUUGUAAAUAAAUAAAUAAAUAAAAUUUUUAAAGAUUGAGAUUCAUCAUUUUGGAACUGCAAUGAUUUUGAUAGUAUCUGGGUUUUGGUAAUCCACAGCUUCCCUCCUGCAUUGUUUCCUUUCUUCCCUAAUUUGUAUGAAAUCCUUCAUUUGAGUUAGAAAGAUAUUGUAAAUAUACUGCAUUGUAGGCUUUUAGGAAUUGUGGAAGUCCAAGCUGUCCCACGCCUGAUCUAGAAGAUUAAAGAUUGGAAAUCAUGGGAUGCUCUGAAGGCUUAUCUCUAGUUCUGAGCUCCAGAUGAGGGUUUGGCCCUCAAAAUGUGUAUUUUUAACACAGCCUUGUACACAUUGACUCAGAAAUAGUUUUUGUUGGGCUUACUCCAAAGUCAAAGUGCCUAGGAUCAUCAUGUGGCUCUGAUAAUUAUAUGGGCUCCUGCCAUGAAUUGCUGUAAAAAAAAUUAGACUUAUUUAUUUAUUUAUUUAUUUAUUACAAUAUUUAUAUCCCACCCUUCUCACCCAACAGGGGACUCAGGGCGGCUUACAAUAAAACAGACAUAUAAAAACUGUACAAUACACUAUAAAUCAGUUAAAAAAUUAACUUACAUAAAACAUUCAUAAAAUGCAUUUAUGACUUGCAUUGCUUGCUACUUUUGCAUCAUUUUAACUUUUCUUUGAAUACAUUGGAUGUACUUAUUUUUUCCCUCUGAACUGUUUGAGUGAAAUAAAUGAGCAGGGCCCACAAUUUCUGUA